AUGAGAGCCUGCACGGUGCAAUCAGGGGUGGGGAACAGCUUAGGCACCCGCUAUGCUGCACGGCGGGGGCUGUUGACGCCAGCGCCAGGGACGGCGUCCGCUCGUGGACCAACCUUGGCGCGCGCGGGCGGGGAGCAGGAAGCGGCCACCACGACCACCGACGAUGCGCCGCUCCGGCCGCAGCCGCCGUCGCCGCAGCAGCAGCAGCAGCCUGAAAAGGAGGCCCAGCAGCAGCAGGAGCAGGAACGGCCGAAGCAGCGGCGGCAGGCGGACUCCACAGAUGCGGUCGCCUCUUUCCUGACCAGGCGCUUCGGCAUCGCGGGCGGCCUGGCCUGGCUCGGUGUCCUGGCGGUGGGGUCCCUGGGCGAGCAGGUCAAGACGCGCAUGGAGGUGGCCGCGGAGAAGGAGGGCACGCGCGACGUGCAGGGCCAGGAGGUGGUUCUGCCCAGCGGCGUGCGCUACACCGACGAGCGCGUCGGCGGCGGCCAGGCGCCCUCCAAGGGGCUGCUGGUCGUGCUGUCGUACGUGGGCCGCGCCGACGGCGCCGUUUUCGAGGACACGCGGGCGCGGGGCAAGCCGAUCGUGUACCUCUACGGAGGUCGGCCCUUCACCGGCGGCCUCUGCGCUGGAGUUGAGGAGGCGCUUGCGACGAUGCGCGCCGGCGGCAAGCGACGCGUGGUCGUGCCGCCGGCGCUCGGCUUCGGCGACCGCGGUGCGGUGCUGCGGCCGACGGAGCACGUGCCUGAGAAGCAGGGCGUCAUCCCGCCGGGCGCAACGCUCGAGUAUGACAUCGAAUUGCAGCGGGUGUCGAUCCCGCCGUCGUGA